UUUAAUUGUCUCUUUAUGCUCAAACAAUGCUUAAAAAUCAUUUGAAGCGUCAGCAGCGCCCUCAUAUCCCCCCUAAGAUCUUGCGGACUGUCCAUACCGGCUUGUCGCCUGUUUGCUGACGUUCCUCAACACCCCCGAUCAAAAAAAUGGCAACGUCCAGUGGUACAUCCUUCGUCUUGUCGCUCAUCAGCUCCAUUCUCAUUCUCUCUGGAAUGCAGAUGUACAAACCUUGGUUGAAUUCCUCCCAAUUGCAUACAAUCUUCGGAGGAUACCUGGGUUCACUAUUCUUCAUGUUCCUCAUCACCGCUUGCGGGAACCUCGAGUCGAUGACAUUCGGCAAGUCCAUGCAAGUGAAAUUAUUUCCUGAGAUUGGAUUCUGCCUUACAUUCUCUGUGAUUUGUGCAGGAACUGUACACAGAGUAUCAGCAACAACAUGCUUAAUAUUCUCUAUCAUUGCACUGUAUUACAUCAACAAACAUUCACAGAAGGUUUAUGCAGCACCUCCUCAAGUGGCAAGUGUGCAAUCAAGCAAAAAACGUAAAUAAGUCAAGAAAGAAUGCAAGCAAACUGUGUUUGGAAUUAAUGAAACUUGAGUCUCACAUUGUCUAUGUUUAAUUGAAUUGUCAUCACAGUAAACAAGUUUAAGGAAUAAAUUUUAUACAUACACAAA